CCAGCGUCAUCGAAUGAUACAGCUCUUACCGCGUUCUGCCAGCUCGGCGCACUGAGGGUCGGUGCGCGCAGAUGCCUACUGUUCAUGUUUGAUCAGGAGUAUGCCUUCAUUCUCGCAGAAGCUACCAGGACGUUGUCCCUUCGUGACGAUCAUAGUCAUGAUGUCGAAGACGGGUUGUGGCUUGGACAAACCAUCAUCCCUCGUGGUCUCAGCGUUUGCGAGCACACUGUGAAUAUCCCAGCCGAGAACAAUGGCUCAAAUCGAUUUCACGACAAUAGCGCCCGUAUCCACAUCAUCAAUGAUUUAAAAGACUCUCGCUUUUGCGAUCGGCCCUAUGUUCUGGAAGGUCCGAAAGCACGGUUCUAUGCAGGAGUGCCUAUCACUUCUCCAUCCGGCCUGAGAAUCGGAGCAUACUGUGUGCUGGACGAUAAGCCAAGAAACGGUCUUCGUCAAAAGGACAUCAAUUUCAUGCUCGAGAUGAGCACUACGAUUAUGGAGCACCUGGAAAUGCUCCGCGCGAGGACCGAGUUUGGAAGGGGUACCCGUAUGCUCACGGGCUUGGGCACAUUCGUGAAGGAGUCUCCGGUCGAGGGUUCUCACAAGCGCUCCAGGCGAAUUACAGUGCCGAGCAUGGUCAAGGAAUCGCCAGUGCUUGGAUUUGGCGAGUCAUCCGCAAAUUCAGGACACCAAGACGCUCAUGACUAUUUCGGCAGUGCCAUUUUCGAUGGGCAGGUCAGCUCGAAUGGAAUUUCGAGUGGCUCUUCCCAUUCUACGGGGCGCCAGAGAUCACUUCCAUCAGCAGCACUGACUGAUCCGAACGACCGCAAUGGACUGAUCACUCCUUCGACAACUCUUCGCGCGCAGGUAUCCCUGAUGGACGAAAGCGAGUCCGAUGGCGGAGUCGGAGACACCCUUCAGCGAGCGGCUGUCCUGCUUCGAGAUUCUAUCGAGGCCGACGGCGUCUUGAUACUGGACGCCUCAAUCCACUCCUAUGGUGGAGCGGUGACGGGAGAGCAAUACUACUCAGACAGUGAGCCGGAGAGUGCUAUCAGUGAAGAUGGUAGACCGACAAGCAGACCGACAAGAAUCGACUGCCGUAUACUCGCACAAUCCAAACGUCAUUCAAACGACAAGAACUCAGGCUCCGCCAUUUCCGAGAAGACUUUGCGAAGCCUACUACGGCACUAUCCCCAGGGGAAGGUCUGGAGGUUUGACUCCAAUGGCGAUAUAUCAUCGGACGAGAGUGGCAGCGACCUCACGUCUGACUCCGCCGACGACGACAGUUCUCCCACUAAGCGACAGUCGUUCAAGACGACAAGAUCAAAAAGGAGAAUGCGGGAAGCACGGGCGAUUCAGCGAGUCUUCCCCGGCGCCCGGACCAUUUGUCUUGUAAGCAUUUGGGAUAAUGUCCGCGAGCAGUUCUACGCUGGUGCGAUCAUCUACACCUUUAGUCCCAUUCGACAAUUCUCCUCGGAACUACUGUAUAUGAUGGCAUUCAUGGAUGUGGUCAUGGCAAAAGUCUCGCGGAUCGAAGCGAACCUGAAAGAUCAAGCCAAGUCGGAUUUCAUCUCGUCUGUAUCGCAUGAGCUGAGGUCUCCUCUGCACGGGAUUCUUGGAAGCAUUGACUUUCUCCAUGAUCAAGCAGUUCUCGACUGGUCGUUGAUCUCGCAGAUCGAAAGGUGUAGCGCCACGUUGAUGGACGUCAUCGAUCAUCUUCUCGACUUCGCGAAGCUCAACCACUUUGGCAAGAAGCUUAAACGCAUCGACCGCAGAGGCGGAGCCCGCGAAGGCAACGGUCUACUUUCCAAGAGCUCUCUGGCUUCUGGAGGGUCGAAUCUAACAGAAGUGGUGUCUCUCGCAAAGAUCACCGAGGAGGUGACCGACUCGAUCUUCUUUUCUCACUGCUGCCGUGUAGAUGGAACACCGACCGUCGAAUUCAUCUUGGACAUCGACAUGGAACCAGACCUACAGUGUGAUCUCGCUGUGGGCGCCUGGAAACGGCUGUGCAUCAACAUCAUCGGCAAUGCUCUGAAGUACACCACGUCUGGAUAUGUCAUGGUCUCAUUGAGGAUGACGGCGCCGAAGGACAAGCCUCCACUUGCCAUGUUGACCGUUUGCGAUAGCGGCAUAGGAAUGACCAAAGAGUACAUGGAGUCGCGGCUAUUCAAGGCCUUCAGCCAAGAGAACGAUCUCGCAAAUGGCACCGGUCUUGGCAUGUCGCUCGUCAAAAAGAUCUUGCAAGCCUCUGGUGGUCAGAUCAAGGUGCAAAGCGCAAAGGACGCGGGAACUGUCAUGACGAUAUCCAUGCCACUCGACAUCGUCACGCCAAAGCAAGCAGAGCCAAUGCAUGUUGUAUCUCCUGGACUGCGAGUUGGGAUUCUCCAGCCGCCUCGCGCAAGGUCUUACAAACCUACAAAGGGGCGAAAACUACAAAUUGCAGCACUACAAUGCAUCUUCCGCCGACUGAGCGCAGAAGUGGUCUCGCCAGAGGCGGCGGCUGUCGUUAUUGCAUUCGAGACGGACGUCCAAGCCUUGAUCAAUCGUGAUCAAGCCGAACAUUGCAAUGUUCCUGUGAUCGUGCUCUGCGACACGGUUAUGUCCGCAGCUCGUCUUCGAACGUCACACAUCAAGCUGUCCUCCAGCAGAAGAGUUGAGUUCGUUGCACGGCCCUUUGGCCCAGCUCAGAUCUGUGCGGCACUUCAGAAGUGUAUCAGAGCAGCCGGGCCGCAGACACCCAUAACGCUGUCUCCGCAGGCGACAGCCGGGCAUACUAGGCGACCACAAGCAGGCGGAGCCGAGCUUACCCACCACCCUGCUACCACUUCUGGCAUGACCAAUCAGAUGAGUAAUCUUCCGAUCCCUCCAUAUGCGGCUGCGGUCGCGGAGCAGAAACUGUCGUUGCUGCUCGUUGACGACAAUCCCAUUAAUCUACGCCUCCUCACCACAUACGCCGAGAAAUACAGCCACCCCUACCGCGGAGCAUCGAACGGCCUCGAAGCCGCCCAAGCGUACGAAUCCGCCGCAUCGAAGUUUCCUCACGCAACCAUGUCGAACGCCCCAAAACCCGAUGUCAUCUUCUUGGAUAUACAAAUGCCCAUCAUGGACGGCUACGAAGCCGCCCAACGGAUCCGCGCGUUUGAAAAGACGGCCGGUGUCAAGCCCGCUAUCAUCGUUGCCAUCACUGGUCUCGCAUCGAACCAGUCUCAACAAGAUGCAUAUUCUAGUGGGAUUGACAUGUUUCUCACGAAGCCGGUGCGGCCGAGAGACAUUACGAGAGUUUUGGAGUCGAUCUCUGCUCCGGGAAAGGGGACUACGAGUGAAAGCGCGAGAACGUGA